UCCUCUCAUACUAAUACUCACCUCAUAGUCAUACAUGUGAGAAUAGGAGCUCAGCUCGGUAAAUAAACUAAGUAGGACUUCUAAUGAUCUGUACUACAAUACAACGUAUUUCACAAACAUGACUGCAGCUUAAGUUAGAGACAUAUAGCAAUAAGCAUGUAGUUUGUCCUUUUUUUCCAAAAAAAUUUAAUGCUUUGUUUUUUCUCCUAGAUGAACUGUCUUGUAUGCCAUUCGGUAGCUAUGAAGCUGUGGAUUCCUGUCCUCCAGAGUAACCAUAUACCUCAGAGAGUUUUGGUUUUGAGUGCAAGAACUGUGUGCUACCAAAAUACGAACCUUUCCUCAACUCACACAAAAGGUGACAUCUCAAAGUCAAACAGAACUAAAUUUCAAGGAAAACAUGUCACAUUUCUCAGUGCCAAUAAAACGUUGUGCCGCAAGCUCUCUUCAGCGACGUCCUUCUCCAAGGAGGCAGCUAUCCAGAACAUCCUCCUAGAGGAGAGCAAGCGGAGGACGCUGGAGAGGAUACCCAAGAUGAGGAGUAUUGUGACCAAUGAGAAGAUUGCGGUGGGUGCUGCAGUGCUGGUGCCCCUCUGUACAGUGAAGGGAGUUCCUUCUGUGCUGCUCACUCUCAGGUCAUCAAGGUUAAGGAGUCACAGAGGGGAAGUCAGUUUUCCGGGUGGCAUGUGUGACAAGACCGAUCGCGACGUCGUGCACACAGCAUUACGGGAGACCGAGGAGGAACUGGGCAUCCCAUCCAGCACUGUGGAUGUCUGGGGCCAGCUAAAACCUAUACCCAACAGGAGAAACACCAUGACUGUGGUGGCUGUGCUGGGAAAUGUGGGGGAGGUGGACCCAGCAAAACUCAAGCUCAGCCCCAGGGAGGUGGCGGCAGUGUUCCCAAUGUCCUUCUCCCAUCUACUCGACCCCGCCCACCAGCGCUACACCACCAUGAAGCGUCGCCAUGACAACUACAGCUACACGAUGCCCGUCUGGCUUGGCGGCCCGCACCGAGUCUGGGGCCUCACCGCCAUCAUACUGGACCAGGUUCUGGUUGCCAUGGCAGCGGACUGGUACAGAACCGUGCUCAGGUCCAGCUGGAGGCAGCGCCAUGAUGUCAGCUUUCAUGUUUAGUUUUAAAAUAAAGCUGUCAUUUCAUAGCUUUCAUAUGUUGGGACAAUGCCUGAUGUUCACUGUCUUCCAUCAUGUAGUCUGUGUGACACAAACUCUGCUUUCAGUGGCUGCAAUAUAACUGGCUGCUUUAGGCACAGUUUAAUCAUGCCAGCAUAUGUACAUUAUGGAUCUGGUAGGGGCAAUUUCUUGGUUGGAACGUAAAGUCUGAGGUCCGGUGUUUGAGGAGAGUCUCUCUUUACCAUCAUGCUGGACCAGGUGCUGGUUGCCAUGGCAACAGACUGGUACAGAACAGUGCUCAGGUCCAGCUGGAGGCAGCGCCGGUGACGUCUGGUUGCCAUGGCAGCGGACUGGUACAGAACCGUGCUCAGGUCCAGCUGGAGGCAGCGCCGGUGACGUCAGCUUCGUAACGGUAACGUUAGUUCACCUUUAUCUGCGGGGUAACCUAUAUCUGUUGCAUUUAGAACCGGGGUAUCAAGUUGAUAUAUGAAGGUUUCAAAAUGCUAGAAUAUUAGAGUAUGAUGUUGAAACUAUUGCAAUUUUGGAAACCACUAUCUUUCUACUUAUUACGCUGUCUUUAAGAAUAACG